AUGGCAGGCAAGGCCCACCACCCGAUUCACAUCCACCCGGUCCGACCGCUCUACCGCUUCACGGCCACGGCCCUGGGCGCCAGCAUGUGGUUCUUCCUCAUGUACCGCGCCAAGAAGGACGGCCCUGCUCUCCUGGGCUGGAAGCACCCAUGGGACCACUAG